CACCUCUUUGUUUACACCUACAUGCCGGUCAAGUCCAGACAGAAGAGCAGCAACUCUACAGAGUGCACUCGGUUCUCUGGUGAAAAAACAACAAUGUUAGUUUCUGUGCUCUGCUUUAUUCUGCUGUUUGGAGGAGUCACCCAUGCCUCUGACACCGCGGCUCCUGCCCAACUCGGGCCGCCGUCACUGGGAUUCAGUUCCUCGGUCCGCUCGGUGUGUAAACCCAUCCCGAGCACCCUGUCGCUGUGCCACGGGAUCGGCUACAGGCAAAUGCGGAUCCCCAACUUGCUCGGCCAUGACACCCUGAGGGAGGCCCAGCAGCAGUCGGCAGCCUGGCUGCCCCUCAUCUCCAAGCUGUGCCACCGGGACUCCAAGAAGUUCCUAUGCUCGCUGUUUGCUCCGGUGUGCCUGCCGGAGCUCAGCGGGCCAGUCAGCCCCUGCAGGAGCCUGUGCGAGGCCGUGCGGGACGGCUGCGUGCCCGUGAUGAGUGCCUUCGGGUUCCCGUGGCCGGAGAUGUUUAACUGCACCCGGUUUCCGCGCGGGACCGAGCUGUGUAUACCGGCAUCCGGAGAGCACGAGGGACGGACGGCGGAGGAGGUCAGGCACGAGGAGGCGCUGAAAGGGAGUGUUAUCUGUGAUGCCUGCAGUCUGGCUGCUGAAGGGGAAUCUGACAUCCAAGAAAACUUCUGCCUAAGUCCAUAUGCUUUUAAGAUGCGUCUGGGCAGUGUGUCGAUGGUAGGAGGAGACCGUCAGCUGGUGCCUACGGCCCGCAGCCGCAUCCUGAGGUGGGCAGGGGGAGGUGCAGAGAGGGCAGAAGGGAUAGGAGGCGCGAUGGCCCACAGUGCUUUGUGGCUGCAAGAAGGAGGCACCUGUACUUGUCCUGGUUUAGACUCUGUAGUGACAAAUGAAGACGGAGGGUUAGAGGAGGGACAGAUGGAUAAAACAAAAGCAAAAGAAGGAGAAAAGGAGGUGAAAGGGGCCAAGAGUGGAUGGUACCUGGCUCUGGCUCAGGCUGAAGAGGGAAGACUAGUGCUGACUCGACUGGUGAGGUGGACCAGAGGGGACAAAGAACUGAAGAAGUUCAUCAGAGCGAUGCUCAAACAGUCCUGUACAGUGAUGUAGACAGUGUUUCAACCAUUGCAGUCCUUCUUUUGAACAUAGCUUUGUGUGUUACUGUGUGCUAUUAAGUGCAACAUUUUAAUAUAAUGAACAACUGAGAAAUAGUUAACGCAUAACACUGAAUAAAUCAUUUGUGUUCAGAUCGUUAGAUGUAACUAACCAAUUAGUUAGUAGUUAAUCUGCCUGCUAGUCUCUUUCUUGAUGAAUUGUUCCUGAUUCACUGAAGAAGGUGCUAAAUCCCACACACUCGAUAACAAUUGAUUCUGCAUUCAUAAGAUUAUUGUUAUUACUUUACUGCUCAAGUGAAAUAGAGUAUUGUUUGACUGGUAAUAAACAGACAAGCAAGAGUUUAUUUUUUACAGUGAAAGAUUAUAGAGCUAGUUUUAAUCUUUUUUGUAGUGACCUUAUUUUUAUGGAAAUAUUAAGCACAAAGCGAUGGUUUGGCAAUGUUGCAAAAGUUACUUCUGCCAAAAAGUGCCACGGUUGACAUAAAAAUUGGGCAAUAUUGUGUUCUUUUUUGUAUUUUGUGUAUAUUUGUAUAUAUAGGAGAGACAAAGUAUUACCCUUUAAUCAAGGUCAAAGGGUUUGGUAAUGAUUGCAGGGGCUUAGGCUGAUCUCAUCGCAUAUUUUCUUUUGAUACUUAUUAAGGGUGGAGCAGUGUAAUUGUUGUAAUUCCUGUAAUGACAACAAUGUUUUCUUGUGCUACCUAUAACAACGUUGUUACUAGACACAUUAAUUAUACACCACACAAAUAAUAGGCAUGCAAGUUUUAGUUUGCUCGUGUUUUUAUCUUUUUCUUUCACAGAAGCCAGGGAGUGAAAUCACAUGUUAGGAAGCUUUAAUCUCCAGGGACAUAAAAAAAGAAGCACUGAGAAAAAUAAAGGAAAUGGGUUGUGAACAAUAAAUCAUGUAGAUCUUU